AUGGAGCUCUCCCGGAACCUGUACGAGACCCCUGGGGAUAUGCUGGGCACCUUCCUGAGUCAAGACCUUCAGCCCCAAAGGGUUUGGAAGGAGGAAAUUCAGGAUGUAUGGCAUAGAAUCGAGGGGUUCUUUCUCGAGCAGUGCUUCCGUGAUGAGCUGGUUCUGGACCAAAAAGUCAAGGUCCUGAAGGUGGUAAAGGGAGGUUCCUCAGGGAAGGGGACCAUACUGAAUCAGCACUCAGACGUGGACAUGGUUCUGUUCCUAAGCUGCUUUUCCAGUUUCAAGGAUCAGGCACAGCACCGAAAAGACAUCAUCGACUUCAUUAAGGAGAAACUGGAGCGCUGCGGACAAAGCCUGGCCUACAACAUCAGUGUGGUCCAACACCGAGAGGGGAAAAGGACCCCGCGCUCCCUGACCUUAAUGGUCCAGCCCAAGGAGAGCAGUGACAUCGUGCGGGUGGAUGUGCUCCCGGCCUUUGAUGCCCUGGGAUCCUUUAACCCAAACUCUAAACCAGCACCAGAAAUCUAUGAGAAUUUAAUAACCAGCGAGGGUCACCCUGGCGAGUUCUCAUCAAGCUUCACAGAGCUACAGAGACACUUCGUGAAAAGCCGUCCAGUUAAACUGAAGAAUCUUCUUCUGCUGGUGAAGCACUGGUACCUGCAGUACGUGAAACACAAAUAUCGAGCACCAUUGCCCCCAAAAUACGCACUGGAGCUCCUGACCAUCUACGCCUGGGAGACGGGGACAGGUGAAGGAGAGAAUUUCAAGUUGGAAGAAGGGCUUAUAGCUGUGAUGAAUCUCCUCAGAAAUCAUGAAAACAUUUGCAUCUACUGGACCAAAUACUACGAUUUCCAAAACGAGGUUGUUGGAAACGCCAUCAAACAACAGUUGAAGAGUUCCAGGCCCAUUAUCCUAGACCCAGCUGACCCCACCAAUAACUUGGGAAGGAGACAAGGAUGGGCCCAGGUGGCUGCAGAAGCUGAUAACUGCCUACGGCAGGUCUGUUGCUUACAAAAAGUCCCCAGGCCCUGCUGGCAAGUACAGCCAGCAAGGGACAUGCCGGUGAUCGUGAAACAGAAAGACAUGGAAGCACCCGGCGCCAGUGGCUCACGCCUGGUCUUCAAGAACAGCAACCCAGUCAGACAACUCAUCCCCCUGGAUCCCUUUCCAUUCUGCUCCGUUAUCCCACCAGGAGCUGAAAGCCAGCUGGAGAGGAGCCCCCUUAAGAAAGGAGGUGUGUACUGGGAGGCUGGGGAGUGUGUGGCUAUAUAUGACCAACCAGCGGUGGUCCACUCCACAGAGAUGGCCCUGGCCCAGGAGCUCUACAGCAUCCCAGCCUCCAGGCUGGACUCCUUCGUGAGCCAGAGGCUACAGCCCAGACAUGAAUGGAAGGAAGAGGUGCUGGAGGCGGUUCGGACUGUGGAGCAGUUCUUGAGGCAAGAAUGUUUCCAGGGAGAUCGGAGCCUGGGCCAGGAGGUGCAGGUGCUCAAGGUGGUCAAGGUGGGCUCCUUUGGGAAUGGCACAGUACUCAGGAAUGAAACGGAUGUGGAGCUGGUAGUGUUCCUGAGCUGUUUCCACAGCUUCGGGGAAGAGGCCAAGAUCUACCAAGCCAUCAAACUCAUGCAGAGGAGCGUGUGGUGUUCCAAGGACCUGCUGGCCCUCGGGCUCAGAGACGUGAGGAUGGAAGAAGUCCCCAGCGCUCUGGUGCUCACCAUGGAGCCCAUCAAUGUCACCAUCAUGCCUGCCUUCAGGGCUCUGGGGCCUUCAGUUCAGCCACCCACUGAGGUCUACGUGCGUCUGAUCCAGGCUUGUAGGUACCCUGGAAACUUCUCCCCCUCCUUUGGUGAACUUCAGAGAAACUUUGUGAAACAUCGACCAACGAAGCUGAAAUCCCUCCUGCGCCUGGUGAAACAUUGGUAUUAUCAGUAUGUGAAAGCCAAAUGCCCCAGGGCCAAUCUGCCCCCUCUCUACGCCCUAGAACUACUGACAGUCUAUGCCUGGGAAGAAGGAACACAGGAGGAAAACAAUUUCCGGUUGGAGGAAGGCCUCACCACGGUGAUGGAGUUGCUCCAGGAAUAUGAACUCAUCUGCAUCCAUUGGACUAAGUUCUACUCACUUCAGAACCCAAUCAUUGGUGACUGUGUCAGAAAACAGCUCAAAAAACAGAGGCCUAUCAUCCUGGACCCAGCAGACCCCACCCACAAUGUGGCAGGGGGCUACAGAUGGGACAUAGUGGCUCAGAGGGCCAGCCAGUGCCUGAAACAGGACUGUUGCUAUGACAUCAGGGAGAGCCCGGUCCCCAGCUGGACUGUGCAGACAGCACCAGACAUCCAGGUGACAGUGAAGCAGUGGGGUCACUCGGACUUGAUCCUCUGGGUGAACCCUUAUGAAUCCAUCAAGAAAGUUAAAGAGAGAAUCUGCCGGAGCCGAGCCUACUUGGGCCUGCAGCGCCUGUCCUUCCAGGAGCCCGGCAGCGAGCGGCAGGUACUCAGCAGUCACUGCUCCUUGGCCUUUUAUGGAAUCUUCUGCAGCACCCACAUCUGCCUGCUGGACACAGUCUCCCCAGAGUUUCAGGUGUUUGUGAAGAACCCGGAUGGUGAGAGCCACGCCUACGCCGUCCACCCCUAUCACCCCAUUCAGAGCCUGAAGCAACAGAUCGAAGACCGACUGGGGCUGGGCAGCGGGCAGCAGCAGCUGGAAUUCCGGGGUCACGUGCUGCAGGACUGGUUUGAUUUUGCCUACUAUGGCAUUCAAGACAGUGUCACCCUCACCCUCUCCAAGAAGAAGGCGGAAAAAGCUCCAAUUCCACGCGCCUAGCUUCCUCUAGAAAGUUCCUGUGCAUCCCUGCGAUGUCAUCCUGAACCCAUCCUCUCCUCUAUCAUUCCGGUUCUGUGCUGGGGCAGCCCUAUGGCUCCACUGACUUUAUUAAUAGUUGUCCAGCCAUGCCAGUAGGGUGCCCAAAGAGAUGUGAGACCAAAUAGACAAAUGGACAAUGGCCAGACCCUAUGUACCAGUAGAAUUCUGGUCUAUAACUUUCUUUAGCAACUACCUGAGAAAGCAAACCACAGCCUUCCCAAGAACCAACCAGAAAGCAAGUCAGGACUCAGUCAAUUGCUUCUGGCUUCUCUAAUUCCUCACCUCAUCACUUCCAAUUUAGGGCCAAUCAAGGGAGACAAGUGAGCUCUCCAAACCUCUCCUGGCUGGCCCACCUCCAACCUCCCUCCAUCAACUCCCUCCAGAAGCCUUUCCCUUGUUUGGACUGACUAGUGAGCUUUCUGAUCACCCUGCCUGGUCUUGGACUCUCAGUCAAAUGUAAGGGAUGGUGGUUGGUUCCUUCCAAGGUUUUUGUUUCUUUUCUUUUCUUUUUUUUGGUGGCUCAAUCUUUUUUUUUUAAUAUACAUUUUUUAAUUGUGAAAAUACUGUA